CUCUCUCAGUCUGUCUGUGAUAAACGCUGCACGGACUCUGAGGAAUACUUCACUCCACAGAAUGGGUUGUUUGCUGUGAUUUGUUUUUGGCUGAAGGAUUUAAGAGAGGCUCUUCUAGGGUUAAAGAGAAACAGAAGGAUACACGUUGACAAAAGACGAAAGUGACGAGAGAAAACUAGUAAUAAAAGCCAGAAGAUGGACCUGAAGCUGCUUUUCAUGUCGACAUUAUUCGGGAUCAUUAGUUGCAGCAGCGCACAGCAUGAGGGCAACGAGUGCAUCAAAGCCAACGCUUUAUCCUGUGGCGAGUGCAUACAAGUGGGGGCUAAAUGUGGAUGGUGCACUGAUACAGAGUUUCUGAAGCAGGGAGAGCCGACGUCUGCGCGCUGUGAUGAGCUGGAGUCGCUCAGGAAGAGAGGCUGCGACGCCGGGAUCCAGGAUCCUCGCGGGAGCCUAAAGAUCCUCAAGAACAAAGCAGUGACCAACCGCAAGAAAGGAGCAGAGAAACUCCGACCCGAGGACAUCACACAGAUCCAGCCUCAGAAACUCAGCCUCAACCUCAGAUCUGGGGAACCUCAGAAUAUCAGACUGAGGUUCAAGAGGGCUGAAGACUAUCCCAUAGACCUGUACUAUCUGAUGGACCUGUCCUACUCCAUGAAGGAUGACCUGGAGAACGUCAAGAACCUAGGGACGAGUCUGAUGAAGGAAAUGUCCAAGAUCACCUCAGAUUUCAGAAUAGGUUUCGGCUCUUUUGUGGAGAAGACGGUGAUGCCGUACAUCAGCACGACUCCAGCCAAGCUCCUGAACCCCUGCACAGGGGACCAAAACUGCACCAGUCCCUUCAGCUACAAGAACGUGCUGAAACUGACCAGCAACGGGGCGCAGUUCAACAGUCUGGUGGGAAAACAGCAGAUAUCUGGCAACCUGGACUCCCCUGAGGGGGGGUUCGAUGCCAUCAUGCAGGUGGCCGUCUGCAGAGAGCACAUCGGCUGGAGAAACGUCACUCGUUUGUUGGUGUUCUCCACAGACGCAGGUUUCCAUUUUGCCGGCGAUGGCAAACUGGGUGGAAUCGUGCUUCCCAAUGAUGGGAAAUGUCACUUAGAGAACAACAUGUACACCAUGAGCCAUUAUUACGAUUACCCCUCCAUCGCCCACCUGGUUCAGAAACUGAGUGAAAACAACAUCCAGACCAUCUUUGCCGUUACAGAGGAGUUCCAGCCGGUUUACAAAGAACUUAAAAACCUGAUCCCAAAGUCUGCGGUCGGGACGCUUUCAGCCAACUCCAGCAAUGUGAUCAAUCUCAUCAUCGAUGCCUACAAUUCUCUUUCCUCCGAGGUGAUCCUGGAGAACAGUAAGCUUCCUGAAGGAGUGAGCAUCAGCUAUCAGUCUCGCUGUAAGAACGGAGUGGUGAACGAGGGAGAGAGCGGAAGGAAGUGCUCUAACAUCUCCAUCGGAGACGAGGUCUCAUUCAACAUUAACAUCACGGCUCAAGGCUGUCCCAAACAAGGCAAACCUGAGAGCAUUAAGAUCAAGCCCCUGGGCUUCACUGAAGAGGUGGAGAUCAUGCUCAACUUCAUCUGCGAGUGUGAAUGUCACAAACACGGCAUCAGGAACAGUGAGAUGUGUCAUAACGGCAACGGGACGUUUGAGUGUGGAGCCUGCAGGUGUAAUAAGGGACGUGUGGGCAGGCAGUGUGAAUGUCGAAAAGACGAGGUGUCCACCGAAGACCUGGACAAGAACUGCCGCAAGGACAACGGCACGGACAUCUGCAGCAAUAACGGCGAGUGUGUGUGUGGCACCUGCGAGUGCAAGAAGAGAGACAAUCCUGAAGAGCGCUACAGCGGAAAAUUCUGCGAGUGCGACAACUUCAACUGCGACCGCUCCAAUAAUAAACUCUGCGGAGGACACGGCCGCUGUGAGUGCAGGGUGUGUGUCUGUGAUGCUAACUACACGGGGAGCGCGUGUGACUGCUCUCUGGACACCUCCACCUGCUUAGCCUCCAACAAGCAGAUCUGUAACGGCCGGGGGGACUGUAAAUGUGGGACCUGCAUAUGCACCGACCCCAAAUUCCAGGGUCCCACCUGUGAGAUCUGCCCCACCUGCCCCGGCGUCUGCACUGAGCACAAGGAGUGUGUGCAGUGCCGAGCGUUUGGCACAGGAGAGAAGAAAGACACUUGUGAGAGAGACUGCAGCUACUUUAACCUGAUCAAGGUGAAGGACAGAGAGAAGCUCCCUCAGCCGGUGCAGGCCUUCCCCCUCAUGCACUGCAAGGAGAGAGACGCCAACGACUGCUGGUUCUACUACACCUACGCCGUCAGCAACACCGAGAGGGAGGUGCAUGUGGUGGAGACGUUAGAGUGCCCGGUGGCUCCUGACAUCAUUCCCAUCGUAGCGGGCGUGGUCACAGGCAUCGUUCUGAUUGGUCUAGCUCUGCUGCUGAUCUGGAAGCUGCUCAUGAUCAUUCACGACCGCCGCGAGUUCGCCAAGUUUGAGAAGGAGAAGAUGAACGCCAAGUGGGACACGACAGACAAUCCAAUUUACAAGAGCCCUAUUAAUAAAUUCCAGAACCCAAAAUAUGGACAUAAAGCUGUGCCUCUAUAAGGAGAGAACCCCAUCUACAAGAGCGCCGUCACAACCGUGAUCAACCCAAAAUAUGAAGGCAAAUAAUGGACAUGGCUAUCACACACACGAAUGUUUGGAAAGGGAUAGGUUUGCAGAUACCCUCAAUUUUCCUUUAAAUCUCAUCGUAUGUCAUUCUUUCAGUAGUAGUGUUUUAUGACGGGCCGGCUGCCGCUUGUCCCUUGCAAACGUGUACAGUUUGUAUAGUCUUCAGUUUGUCUUCUUUUAAACCCUGUGUACGUCACACAUUCUCUCUUUUCAAACAGAACAGACAUUUGUGCCUUGAGUCAGGUGUUUCACUCUAAGUGAUGGUGAAAAGGCAUCCUUGAAUCCCACCCAAAAAUGGCAAAAACUCAUCAAAUGUCAUUUAUAAUCAUCAUAUGAAUUUUUGUUUAUAUCAUCUCAGACUUCUUCAUCAAUCAUGUUGGCAUAAGGAAUUAUCUGAGCAGUGAAUAUGCAAUAUUUCAUUUUAUCUAUACUAAGUUUGGUUUGAUAUGCUAAUAAUCAAUGCAUAUUUGUUUACUGUCGCACACAUCCAAAACAUCUUCUUUAGCAUUUGCUACUCAUUUCCCACUUGAUGUUGCUCUUAGAGAAUCAUUAUGGCACGUGUCUCGUGUUCAGCUGAAAAGGUCUGUGUAUUUUAUAUAUUAUGAAGGAUUAUUUGCUGAAUUAUUAUGAGGCUCUUGAUGAGUAUGAGUGUUUUCUGGUGAUGUCCUGUAGAAAGCCAAAUGUCCUUAAACUGCUCAUUAGAAAUGAGCCCAAUUAUGGAUACCUACAGAUUUCAGCUAGCAUAUUUCAAACUAAAAAAAUGUAAUAUGGAAGUUGUAAUAUUUGAACAGUUGCGUAUUUAAAGUCAAAGAUGAAGCUCUAUGUUGUUAAGACAAAUUAUCUGGAGAAAAUGAAGAAAUAGUGUAGUUUUGUGUUCAAAUGUUGAUAUCAUAUGCUCUAAGGUACAACGACCUUUUAUUUAGUAAUGAUUUUAAGGGAACGUAAUCGGCAGAUGCAGUCAUUUGUAAAUGUUUGACACAAUAAUAAAUAUGAAGCUGAAGGAUGCGAGCUCUUUUAAGUGCCUUUUUCAGGUUUUCUCAGUA